GCUACCCGAGCCAGUGCCGUGGCUUUGAAACGAGCCGUCGCAGUCCAGUGCAAUGAUAUUCGUCAUAUGCAUCCGGGUUGUCAGGCUAAUCUGGUUACAAAAAUGAGUCAAAAGCCAGUUUGGGCUGUUGAAACAGCCCAGCUUUAAAUGUCACUGGCGCUUCAGAUCCUGCAACAUUCCUGGAUUUUUGGAUUGGGAGUUUCGACGAGCUGCUUUUGUUGAGGCAGGGCUUGGAGGAACAGAGGGAUUUUUUUGGGAAUAUAAUAAUAAAAAAAAAAGUCCAAGUCAUCUGGGAUUGCUAUACUUCACAUGAUGGAUGGGAUUUCGCCAUGCAGGGAGGAAAUGACACGAUCUGUCAUGCUGGAUUAAUAACACACACUCCCAUUCACCCAUUGGUGGGCUUUAUCCGCGAGCGAGUGUGGCAUUUGGGCAAACUCCUUUCAGCACCAUGAGGGUUCGGGAAUACUGAUCGCAAUAUUUUCGGGCUUAUUAUCGGGAAAAGAUUUCUGCCUACAUGCUCACGGCUUGCAGGGCAGAAUGGCAUCGACCGAGAGGCUGUAUGAGGUUUGGAUGCUGUACUGCAGUAAGAAGGACCCGGACUACCUGAAGCUCUGGUUGGAGAUCUUCAUCGGCUCCUACGAGAGAUGUCUGGAUGUGGAUUUCGAGAAACCGCCAAGCAGGUCGGAGGAGACGCCGCCGGUCAUGACGCUGCUGCCCGAUAACAUCCUGCAGGUGUUGCGUCUGCAGCUCCUCCAGUGUGUGCAGAAAGCAUCUGAAGGCUUGGAGCCCGAGCAGCAGACUCUGGCACUCCUGCUCCUCAAGUUCCUCAUCGUCAUCUGCAGGAACCUGUCUAAUGUGGAAGAGAUCGGCGCCUGCUCCUACAUAAACCACAUCAUCAACAUGACGACUCUUUACAUCCAGCAGCUGAAGAGUAAGACGAAAGAGAAGGAGCUGGUGGAUCAGACACAAGCGGAGGAGUUUGUUCGUCAUGCUCUCGCCUUCUGCGAGAGUCUGUACGAUCCCUACCACAACUGGAGGCAUCGCAUUCAUGGACAGCAGCUCAGUACUGUGGAAAGAAGCAGACAGAAGUUUAAAGCUGCGGCGCUCACUGUAGAGUUUGUGCCCUUCUUCUACCAGUGUUUUCAGGAGAGCGAGCAUCUGAAAGACAGUCUUAAAUGUUGCCUUUUGCACCUGUUUGGAGCCAUCGUCGCAGGUGGACAGCGUAACGCUCUGCUGGCCAUUUCUCCGGCCACCAUGGAGGUGCUGAUGGGCGUUUUGGGAGCCGGUGAGUGUCUGAGCGGUGCUGUAGAUGGAGAGGACUGGGACAGUGAGGCUCCUGACCGCAAGGCUCUGUUGACUUUGGGCUGUUUGAGGGAGGUUGUGCACCGGCUCCUGGCCAGCAGCUCUGACCAGAGACAGGUGGAGAUCAGCUCUGUGCUGGAGAGCUACUUUAAACUGCUGAACUCUGACCCCGCUGCUACUGCACAGGUCAAAGGUCGACCGGCACCGCCACGCUCACGCCACUGGGAGAGCCGAUUCGUGGCGUUACAGGUCAACAUGCUCGAAACCAUUCAGGACAUGUUUGAGUGCAGUGACCGGCCUGUUCUGCAGGCCAUCUUCCUCAACAGUAACUGCUUCGAGCAUCUGACCCGACUCCUGCAGAACAGUAAGCUGGUUAACGCUAGGUGCACAACUGCAGACAAGGACCAGAAAGAUUUAACCAACAGGUUACUGACAGGAGAGAGUGAGAUUCAGGUGUUCCAAGGGAGGCUGGACUCUCUUGCCGUGGCGACGAUCAAAACGCUCACGACGGUGAUGCUCAAGUCACCUGCUGCAAAGGAAGUGUUUAAGGAGCGGAUUGGCUACACUCACUUGUAUGAGGUGCUGGUGUCGCUGGGUCAACCAUCCAGACACCUGCUGAAGGAACUCAUGAACAUGGCUGUUGAAGGAGAGCAUUCGUCUGUCGGCCUGCUGGGCAUCAGUAACGUGGAUCCUCUGCUGCUCCUGAUCCAGUGGCUCCCAGAGCUGGACUCUGCCGAGCUGCAGAUCUUCACCGCCGACUGGCUCCGGCGUAUCUGCGGUCUGAACCGGCGCACGCGAGCCACCUGCGUCAACUCCUGCAUGACUGCUGUGGUGCUGACGGCUCUGGAAAGACACCAGCGGCUGCACCGGGCAUGUGCUGAGAGUCUGGUGGCUCUGCUGGGCUCUCUGGGCAGUCAGUCGCUUAGUUCCUCCGAGCUCCAGCUUCUUCUAAGGCUCCUGCGUCAGGAUGAGCCGGGCCGCGCUCACCCGUAUGUGGGACCAGUGCUGUGUUCGCUCCUGGGGAUGGUGCGCAAACAGGGUUUGGAAAGCGCCAUGCAGUAUUUUGAUCUGUCACCACCCAUGGCUGGCAUCGCGGUGCCUACUAUCCUCCGCUGGCCAGGCUCCGCCUUCAGCUUCUUUGCUUGGCUCUCAUUGGACCAAGAUCAGCUGGGCCCACCCAGCAAAGGAGAGAAGAGGAAACAGUUGUAUAGUUUUUUCACCCCGGGCGGUACCGGGUUCGAGGCCUUUAUCAGUUCAGCCGGAGUACUUGUAGUUGCAGUGUGCACUAAGAAAGAAUACGUCACCGUCAUGCUGCCUGAAUACUGCUUCUGUGAUUCUCUCUGGCACAGUAUCGGCGUAGUUCAUGUGCCAGGAAAGAGGCCAUUUGGCCAGAGUCUGGUCUACAUCUUUGUGGACGGACAGCAGAAACUAUCAGCACCUCUAAAAUACCCAACCAUGACUGAGGCCUUUACAUCAUGCUGUAUCGGUUCAGCGGGUCACCGCACCACCACCCCUCCUCCAUCUCAGAUCCCCGAUCCUCCGUUUUCCGGAGCUCAUCCAUCCGGACGCUCAUCUUUCGGCUCCAUCCUCCCGGGAUGGGGAGGACUGCUGGGCACCAAACCCGAGUCGGUCACCAAACUGAUCUCUGCCGGGACGCAGGACAGCGAGUGGGGCAGUCCCACUUCACUGCAGGGCCAGCUGGGCAGCGUCAUGGUCUUCCACGAGCCGCUGCAGGCCACUCAUGUCAAAGCCCUCUGUAGCGCAGGACCAAACUGCAUCUCGCCUUUCAGGAGUCAGGAGGCGGAGCUGGGAGAGCUGGCACCCAAACUCCUGCUGCACUACUCUCCAAAGGCAUGCAGGAACCCUAUUUGUCUGGAUUUGUCCCCUAAUUUGCUGCACGGUCGCCUGACGGGAAAUAAAGUGGUCAACUGGGAUAUUAAAGACAUGAUCAACUGUGUCGGAGGGAUUCCUGUGCUGCUUCCAGUCCUGGAACAGUUGACCUUAUUAAGCCCAGAUUCACAACUCGUGGAGCCGUCGGGGUCAGAGUUCAUCAGCCCUGACUCUUCUACACCCGCUGAUGGAGACUGGGUCAUAUUGCCCUCCAACAGGGCCUCAGAGGCCAGACUAGAGAAGAAUUCGGUGGCGACGUUCUUGCUGGUGAUCAAGCAUUUCCUGCAGAGACACCCGAUAAACCAGGAGACUCUCCUGCACUCGCAUGGUGUGGCCACAUUAGGAGCGCUGCUGCAGAAGCUGCCGGCAUUCCUGGUGGACGUGAGUGUGUUGGUGGCGGUUCAGCUGCUGAUUGAGCAGAUGACGUAUGAGAAGAACACUCAGCUCCUGCUGCAGCUCCACACACACCUGCUCUUCAACUUCAACAUCUGGAACCAGGGAGAUUUUCCCCUGCGCAUUGGCCACAUCCAGUACACCUCCACCGUCAUCAAAGACAGCAGGAAGCAGUUCAGGAAGAAAUACGGAGUGCAGUUCCUCCUGGACACAAUUCGCCUGUACUAUGGUUCUGGAAGUAAAGAUGCCGAUCUGAGUGAGGACGACAUCAAGACAAUCAGAGCUUCCCUUUACGGCCUCCUCAAGUAUUACAUCAGCAAGGGAACCACUCCAGAGGAGAUCCAGAGCAUUCUGGGAUACAUCGCUGCUAUUGGAGAUGAAGAACAGUUGUGUGGGGUUUUGGAUCUGCUGUUGACUCUGCUUCAGACCAGCGCCGCGCGGGAUCAGCUCUUCCUGCUGCUGUUCGAACCCGGAGCUGCAGAGUCCUGCUACGCUCUUCUGCUCAGCAACAAACACUCAGACCGCCUGCGAGAGCUCAUCUUUAAGUUGUUUGAGCGGAUGCUGAAGUGUGAUCGCGUUUAUGAGAAGAGCAAGCAGCGGCUGAGGUUGAGGGAUGUGGGAUAUUCAGGCCUCAGUCUGCUGUUCUCUGACCUGCACCUCACCUCCACCCUCAUCAAGUGCCUCCUUCACCAAGUGCUGUCUACUGAUACUGUGGUCAACUAUAAAGAUCUGAUGGCUGUGGUUCAGCUCACACAUAAAGCCGGGCCCAGUGUUCGCCUCACCGUAUGCAAGAGGCUGUACACACUGCUUCAGUCUCAGCCGGAUGCAGCGCUGCAGAUCUCUAAGCAGGUAUGUUGGCAGGGGACUCUGAUGCGGCUGUUUGUCCGGAGCCCUGGGAGCGACGGAGGUUCAUGUCGUGGUGACGCUGCCAGUCUGGGGAGUUUGGAACUGAGCCGCAGCAGCGGAGGAAACCGUCUGGAGCCGCCUCUGGAGCGCAGGCCUCUGGGAGACAGCGUAAACCGGCUGAAUGAAGAGCGGGACAGUGUUUCAGACAGCAGGUCCAUAGACAGCCUGGACAACGGAGAGCUCAUGUCUCUGUCCGACACGCCGGUGGACGCACACACACCUAAAACCUGGGCCGGGAAAUCAGGAGUGCUGAGUUUAGAUCUGUCCCAGCUGGAUCACGGGGACAGCGGCAGUCAGACUCCUGGCAGUAUGCCGAGCACGCCGUCGCCUCUGGAGAACGCCAAACCUUUCCCUGGAGCUUCCUCUCUCAACGAUGACAACUUCCUGUUCAGUGACAACAUGUCUCUGGGGGAAUCGUUUAACAGUGAGCGCUCAGAGGAGGAGUUGUCGCGUGUCCUGCUGGAGGUGGUGUUGUGUGUUAUGUGGAGAGGGGUGGAGGGCUCCGAUGACUCCGCCUGGCUGGACAGAGGACAGGUUUUCUCCGCCCUCACCAAACUGGGCACUGCUAAUGAGCUGCUGCUGCCCGUGGACCACAUCAAACUCAGUCUGAUGGAGAGGAUGCUGGAGUGGGCUGUGACUGAUAACCGUGAGGCGUCGGCGGUCACUCUGCCGCAGCACACAGAGAACGCGGUGCGCCUCCUGCAUGUGGUGCAGGAUUUCCUGCAGGCGGAGGGUCUGGUGAAUCCAGCUCUGUGGACGGAGAAGCUUCUGGAGGAGACGGUGACCCUGAUGGAUGGGCUGAUGGUGUGGUACGCGUCUGGCACACAGUGGCUGCAGCUCUCUCAGGUGGGGCUGAGACUGCUGCUUGGCUUCAUGGCGCAGGAAGACCCACAGGUGUGUGCUAUGGCCACAGCCAAGCUGAACGGCAUCCUGCAGACGAAAACAGUGAACUCUCAGGACGAGGCGUGUUAUCUCCUUGGCCGUGUGGAGGGAAUCCUGCGGCGUUCGCUGAGCGAGGAGCAGAUCGAGGACACGUACUCGUUUCUAGUGCCUCUCCUGCGAACUCUCCUGUCCAAAAUCCACAAGCUGCUGUACAUGGAGCUGCAUCUGCCAUCCCUCCCCGACACCAAUGGCAGCCCGUCCUUCUUCGAGGAUUUCCAGCAGUACGUCACUUCACCUGAGUGGAGGGUCUACCUGGAUAAAUACAUCAUCCCCUACAUGAAGCAGUAUGAGAUUGAGACGUUCAGUCAGGGUCAUGAAAACAUGGCUCUCUACUGGAAGGACUGUUAUGAAGCCUUCAUGCUCAAUCUGCAUCGCCGGGACCGAGACCGAGGAGAGAGCAAGAUACGCUUUCAGGAGCAGUUUGUAGAGCCGUUCAGCCGUCGAGGACGUCAGGAGAACCUGCGGUACAACAGCAUGCUGAAGCAGAUGCACACUCAGACCAGCGGCGUCCUCAGACAAUGGAGAGCGGCGCGCAGAGGACUCUUCUGUGAGAGAGGACCAUGGGUCGACAAACAGCUGAAGGACAUACACUGGAAGCUCUCUAGCGCUGAAAACUACUCCCGCAUGCGACUCAAACUGGUGCGCAAUUACAACUUUGACACCCACAGGGAAGCCAGUGCCCUGAGAGACAACCUGGGUGUGCAGCACCAGCAGGUGAAUGCAGAGUCGCUGUUAUUAGAGGCAGUGAAGCAGGUGAAGGUCAGUGAUCUGGAGGACGACAUUCUGGAGCUCCUGGAGGAGGAUCCUGCAUCAGCCAAUCAGGCGGAUUCAGAAGAGGCGGGUCAGAAGGAGAAGCUGGUGAUCUCUGAGGACUGUGAACUGGUGACGGUGGUGGAUGUUUAUCCUGGUCGACUGGAGCUCACAACUCAACACAUCUACUUCUACGACAGCAGCGCAGAGAAAGAGGAAGGUGUCGGUCAGGACUUUAAAUGGCCUCUGUCUCAGAUCCGAGAGAUUCACCUGCGCAGGUACAACCUCCGGCGCUCGGCUCUGGAGAUCUUCCUCAUCGACCAGACCAACUAUUUCCUCAACUUCAAGAAGGAGGUGCGUAAUAAAGUGUACAGCAGGAUGCUGCUUCUACGUUCUCUGUCUCUUCAUGCCACUCACUCGCCACAGGAGCUGCUCAAAGCCUCUGGACUCACACAGAAAUGGGUGAACAGGGAGAUCUCCAACUUUGACUAUCUGAUGCAGCUGAACACCAUCGCGGGGAGGACGUAUAAUGAUCUGGCUCAGUAUCCUGUGUUCCCUUGGAUCCUGUCAGAUUAUACCUCAGAGGAGCUGGAUCUGUCUGAUCCGCGGGUUUUCAGAGAUCUGUCCAAACCUGUGGCUGUGCAGAACGAGAGGAACGCCAAAGCCGUCAGAGAGAAAUACGAGAGUUUUGAAGACCCCACGGGCACCAUAGACCGCUUCCACUACGGCACACACUACUCGAACGCCGCUGGAGUCAUGCAUUACCUCAUCAGAGUCGAACCCUUCACUUCCCUGCACAUUCAGCUGCAGAGCGGAAGGUUUGACUGUGCUGACCGUCAGUUUCACUCCAUUCCGGCUACCUGGCAGACGCUCAUGGACAAUCCCAAUGAUGUCAAAGAGCUCAUCCCAGAGUUCUUCUACUUCCCAGAGUUCUUGGAGAAUCAGAACGGAUUUGACCUGGGCCGCUUGCAGAUUUCUAAAGAGAGGGUAAAUGAUGUCAUCCUGCCUAAAUGGGCCAAAUCUCCUGAGGAUUUCAUCUACAAGCACCGCAAAGCCCUGGAAUCAGAGUUUGUGUCAGCUCAUCUGCAUGAGUGGAUCGAUCUGAUCUUCGGUUAUAAGCAGCGGGGCCCGGCGGCAGUGGAGGCCCUUAAUGUCUUCUACUACUGCACAUAUGAAGGGGCUGUUGAUCUGGAUGCCAUCACAGAUGAGAAGGAGAGGAAAGCUCUAGAAGGCAUGAUUAGUAACUUCGGACAGACGCCGUGCCAAUUACUGAAGGAUCCCCAUCCCGUACGUCUGUCUCUGGAGGAGCUGGAGAAGAGGAGAACUCGUUUGGACUCUUGUCCUCUGAACAUCUUUGAGCAUCUCACUGAACUCAAGUCCUUUUUCAUCGAGGGCAUCAGUGAUAAUGUGCCGCUGGUUAAAGCCAUGGUCCCGAAGAACCAAUCACAUUCGUUCAUCUCGCAGGGAAGUCCAGACACUCUGGUAACUCUGAGCCAGAAUUGUUUGAUGGGAACUCAUGGCUGGCUGCCAUAUGAUAAGAACAUCUCCAACUACUUCACCUUCAUCAAAGACCCCACUGUAACCAGUCCAAAGACUCAGAGGUUUCUGUCAGGGCCGUUUUCUCCCGGGGUCGAUGUCACAGCUCAUCUGUUUGUUGUGUCUCAUGAUGGGAAGCUGCUGUUCAGUGGAGGCCAUUGGGACAACAGUCUGAGGGUCACGUCACUCGUCAAGGGCAAAACUGUGGGGCAGCACAUCCGCCACAUGGACAUCGUAACGUGUCUGGCCACAGAUCACUUCGGGAUUCACCUGAUCUCAGGUUCUAGAGACACCACCUGUAUGGUGUGGCAGGUGCUGCAGCAGGGUGGCGCUCCGGUGGGUUUGUCCCAUAAGCCGGUGCAGGUGUUGUACGGACACACAGAUGAAGUUGUGAGUGUGUCUAUCAGUACAGAGCUGGACAUGGCGGUCUCUGGAUCACGGGAUGGAACGGUGAUCAUUCACACUGUCCGGAGGGGUCAGUACAUGCGCUCGCUGCGGCCGCCCUGUGAGAGCUCUCUGCCCCUGUCCAUCAUGCACCUGGCUGUGUCCUGGGAGGGACAUCUUGUGGUGCACACGUGCAUCGAGGGCAAAGCUACACUGAAGGAUAAGAACGCUCUGCACCUGUACUCUGUGAACGGGAAGCACCUGUGCAGCUCUUCUCUGAAAGAGCAGGUGACAGACAUGUGUGUUUCAGGAGAGCAUGUGGUCAUAGGCAGCGAGCAGGGCUUUCUGUCCGUCAGAGAUCUCUACAGCCUGAGUCUGUGCGUGUCACCGAUGGCCAUGCGGGUCCCCAUUCGCUGCGUCUCUGUGACCAAGGAACAGUCUCACGUGCUGGUGGGACUGGAGGACGGCAAGCUGAUCGUGGUUGGCGUCGGGAAACCAGCGGAGAUGCGUUCUGGCCAGAUUACCAGGAAACUCUGGGGCUCCAGUAAACGUCUCACUCAGAUCUCGUCUGGAGAAACAGAGUAUCACACCCAAGAGCAGCCAUGACCCCGCCCCCCCCUCCUGCCUGAUUGGCCCACUGCCCUGUCAAUCACCCAAAAUCCAUUGUUUCAGUUUGAAGGAAGGCUGCGUCUCCUCUUUCUGAAACAAUAUGAAGGACUUUUAUUUUAUUUUUUUCUUUUAAGCACCUGUAUGCAAAUCUGUGUGUCGAUCCAAUAGGAUGUGUGUUUCCUCAUGCAUGUCGUACAUGUUAGUGUAGACUUGUGAUUAGAAUGGUGCAGGCACUAUCUAAUGAUACAAGUCUGACUUCUGUGAAACCCUCCUAAACCCCGCCCCCUCUCUUUUUUCACCACGCCCCUUUUAUGGUUAACCAUCAUCAGCAUCAUUAUGACAGUGUGUUUCAUUUCCUCCAUCAUGUUUAUUCAUGUGGUUUCAGUGGCCUUGUCAUAUUUAAUGACUUUCAUAGUUGUUUUAUCAGUGGACACAUGCAUUAUUUAUUUGCACAUUUGCAUAAUUUACAUAAUGUUAUCAUAAUCAAUCCCAGUAGACCAACUUUUCCUACAUACGUUUGGUUUUAUAACAAAAAGGUGAUUUUAAUUAUUUGUGCACGUGUGUGUGUUUAACUGUUGAAUGUUGUCAUGCAGUACUUGAAUUGUGACCUAUAGAUGAAGAAUGGGAGAUUUGACUGAUAUGUUUUAUAACCGGUUACUUUAUUUGAUAAACACUACAAUGACAACGGAGGGAGAGUUUCGAAGGGCUUUGCGAGAUGAGCAAUAGAGUUUCCAUUCCCUCCGAUGAAGCUUGAUGAAGCAUUCCACUGGCUCUGCAGUCUUCCUAGUGUCCAAACCGAGCACUAUGUAGGGGAGAUUUAUGUACCUCGGGACAGCUUGAACCAAUGCCACAUAAUUGGAUAGUCAGGUGAGACGCUGUUUCCGCUCCUCUUCUGUAUCUCUAAGCCAUGCAGUCUUCGUUUACUAUGCAGGUGAACUUCCAGGCCUUUCUAGAGAAUUCACACUUACUGUUCCACGUCUGAAUUCUUGCUCCUCCAUAUGCAGUUUUGAUUUAUUUGUUCACUAUUGGCUGAAAAUUGGUUGAUUUUACAGGAAUAUACCAUCAGUUAUGGCUAAAUACAAAUGAAGGAUCUCUUUCAAACUGCUUUGAGAAGCUUUUUAAGUUUGUUGAAAGAACGCUUCACUAUUUUAUUUGGAAACAAGCUCAUUUUACAGCUUCUCUAUAGUUAAACUGCUCAGUUUUAUCAUUUUAAAUCCAUUCAGCUGAUCUCAUGCUCUGGCAGGAGCACUUUUAGCUUAGCUUAGCAUAAAUCAUUGAAUCGGAUUAGACCAUUAGCAUAUCAUUCAAAAUUGUUUUAAAGAAGUUUUAAUAAUGUCCUAUUUAAAGUUCGACUUGUUCGAAAGUUCGAUUUGUAGUUACGUUGUGUAAUAAGACCGAUGUAAAAUGAAAAGUUGCUAUUUUCUAGGUCGAUAUGGAUGGGAACUAUACUCUUAU